UAACUUGGUAGCAGAAGAAAAGCGACGCUGCAGAAAUAUCUUACAACCAUUAUCAAGAAAUAGGAAAGUAUCUGAGGUUUUGGAUAUUUCUUCACCAACAAACAGGCUGCAAAAUUCUAGCAAACCAACAAUUACUGGGAAGAAGAGAACCAAAAUGCUUUCCUCCUUCUCAUGUCAUCAGCAAUUCUCUAGGCCAAACUCUUUGCAAACUCGUCCACACUUCAAUCUAAAAAAUCCCGUCUGGUGGAGGCGGAGGCAGAACUCUGUUGUGGUGGUCAGAUGUGGUCGGAACGAAGUUGAAGAAAGCAAGAAUUACUAUGAACUGCUAGGAGUCUGUGUUGAUGCGAGUUCCCAAGAAAUCAAGGAUGCUUACAGAAAACUGCAAAAGAAGUAUCAUCCAGACAUUGCGGGGGAAAAGGGUCAUGAGAGUACAUUGAUGUUGAACAAAGCCUACAAGGUUUUAGUGAAGGAUGAUCUCAGGAAGCAGUACGAUGCAUCAAUUGGCAAGAUCAGUAACAAUCUUAGGAUUGGCAGCAUUUGGGAAGGAUCCUUGAGAUCUCAAGCUCUAUUUGUCGAUGAAAACGCUUGUAUAGGUUGCAGAGAAUGCGUGCACCACGCAGGUAACACGUUCAUGAUGGAUGAAGGUUUUGGGACUGCCCGUGUUAAGGUUCAAUAUGGUGAUGAUGAGGAAAGAAUAGAGAUAUCGGUGGAUUCGUGCCCAGUAAACUGCAUUCACUGGGUUGAUACAGAAGAAUUGGAAGUGCUUGAGUACUUAAUUCAGCCUCAACCUAAGGUGGGCUAUGGCAUAUAUGGCCAAGGAUGGGAGAGACCUGCAAAUGUCUUCAUGGCCGCCAAAUCCUUCAAUAAACAAUUGAAGCAGCAGGAAGAAAACCAACAGAGAUCAAAAUCAACUGAUGAGGAGGAAACUCCUGCUCAGUCACAGGCACGUGAAAGUGCAUAUAGGGAGCUGAAGGUUGGAAGGUUUGCUAGAAUUUGGAGCUGGAUGAAGAGAAGCACUGGCCAAUGAACAAAUGGUUGCAGAUUAUUAAAGAAAUUAUACCAUGUCAAUAAAGUUACCGACCAUAAGAAAUCGAAGGAACCAAACUGUAUAUAUAUCAGAAGCUUAUAUUUCAGCAUUCUCUUGUAUUUCUAAUUUUAACAUGCUGCAGGAAACCUGGGAAAUGAAAACAAGAAGGUAUAUAUCAUACUAUUCCGAUCGAGGGAAACAUAUCAGAAUGCGUGAGCUUAGGUAUGUCAAGAGUACACAAAAGUGAAUAUUUUUAAAGCAGAUUUCCAACUUGCGAACAGCAAAAACUACACAUUUCUUAGCUUGAGCCAAGAUGUUCAAGCCCCGAUGGUGGAGCAGUGUGGUUUAGAUACAGCAAUUGCUGAUUCCUCAAAUCUAGCUGAGAGAUUGCAGUUUCAGCAAA